CUGAUUACGCAUGACAAAUGUGAAGAAUUUAGGGAGAAAAACUCCUUUUUUUGUUAUGUUUAGUAGUUGAAGUAGUUAAAAAUAAAAACAUUUAUCUAUCAUACAAAAAUGAUUUGCAAACGAUAUUUAUUUAUUUGUGUGUCAAUUGUGUUUUGUGUCGCAAAUGCAAAGAGAAUUCCAAAGUGGCAUUUGAAAAUAGCCCAAAGUCAAGGACCAAACACUUGUGCUGUUGAAGAAGUUCCUGGUACAAACAAGAAGUACUGGACUGAGUGCAAGUAUUGGAUGAACAGGGAAAUCUGCGGAGCCAAAACAGUCCUAAGGUAUGAAUGCUGCGAAGGGUUUCACCAAAUAGCUAGACAAGAUGGCUGUACAGGCGUAAAACCAAUGGCGGACGUGGUUCGGACGGCUCGCGAUCUCGGAGCUACGACAUUUGUGGACUAUCUACAUGAGGCCGGCCUGACAGAGCGCCUACGGAAACCUGGCCAGGCCAUCACACUAUUUGCGCCCACGAACGAAGCAUUCGAACGACUCACUUCAGCCGAUCAGGAGUCUCUGCGCGUGAGUCUCCUGGAGCGGCAGUCGCCUUUCCUGCUGCACCACGCAGUCGCGGGCAGGAAACUACACUCCAGGGACUUCAAAGGCGAGCAGGAAGUGGAGACUAUGGAUGGACAGAACAAGCUGCGAAUCAACAAGUACAAUCACGGGAUGACCACAGUGAACUGCGCGCCCAUGAUCCGCAAAGAUCAGCAAGCCACCAAUGGCAUCGUCCACCUGAUCGAUCAGGUACUCGUCCCGCCGACCGCGGCACCGGGUCGACAGACCAUCCCAGAGGUGCUCUUCAGCGACGGGAGAUUUCGGGAGUUGUCCCGGAUCAUGCUGCAGUCCAACUACGUCAACGAUCUGCGGAGGGGAGGUCCCUACACCCUCCUGGCACCCACUGACGAGGCCUUCCAGAGCAUCAGUGCCCACGAACUCAGCAGGAUGACGAGUGACCCGGACGCCAGAAUGGCUCUGAUGAAGAACCACAUUCUGCCCCACACCGUGUGCAUCCCCGCUGUCAUCGACACCCAUAAAAUGAAGACUGUGGAUGGCCAACGCCUACAGCUGUCUUGCAACCAAUCCGGGGUAUACGUGGACGACGCCAAGGUGUCCUCCGAGCAGCUGGUCACGCAAAACGGAGUCAUCAGCAUCAUCUCCAAGGUCCUGGUACCGGAUAGAGCUCGCAGUGUCAUGUCCCUGCUGGAACGACGCCCAGAACAGGUGUCCACCUUCUCGCGCCUCCUGAAGAAGUCAGGAGUGGAGUCAUACCUGGAGAAGCCCAACAUAACUGUGACAGUGUUCGCGCCUUCCAACUACGCUUUUAAUCAGAUGUCGGAGGAGGAAUUCUCCAGGCUCGAUGAUGAUCACAGAAAACUAGAAGAACUGAUGAAACACCACGUGGUUGUGGGGAGAGUAAAGACUGAAAGUAUCUCGGAUGACCAAAAAGUGGAGUCUGUCGACGAGGCUAACUCUUUGCGACUGAAAGUGUACAGAAAAGAGGUAGGCGUAGAGUCUGCCAUCAUCGAAGAUUCUGACAUCGAGGGUCAAAACGGGGUGUUGCACGUUAUCGAUCGCGUUCUCACACCCCCUAGUCACAGUAUUAUGGAAUUGCUGCAGAGCAACGAAGAAUACAGCAUGAUGGCGGAUGCGAUUCACAACGUGCAAGAGUUCGAGCCUCAUUUCCUGAGUUCAAGGAGUAACAAGUCCUUCACCAUUUUCCUCCCGACGAACGAGGCUUUCGAAAAAUUGGGAGAAGAAAAUUUUCACCAUAUCAUGAAGAAUAAGAGGAGACUCAAAAAGAUGGUCCAGAACCAUGUGGUGGACAACAUGUUCGCAACAGGUUCCAUCCACUCCAAGCUACAGUACAACGUCCGAACCGAGUACCAGACGGUCAAGGUCCACAAGGAAAAGGAUGGACUGAUGGUCAAUACAGCCCAUGUCAUACAACCAGACGUUCUGACCAAAGACGGAAUCGUCCACUGCAUAGAUAAAGUUCUCAUUCCAGAAAGCAGGAGGAAGGGCUGAACCACCAACUGAAAAGCUGACAAAAUACAGGGCGUUUCUAAUGUAGUAAAUCUCCAGCAGAAGAAUGAACUUUUUGUUUUUAGAUUAAAUACUAGUUUCUGCAAUUAAACAAAUUAUAAGUUACAAUUUAGCAUCUCAUCUACUAUGUUUCAACUCAUAGCCCAAGAUCCGGCAACACAAAAUUGUUGAUCAUUAUCAGUGCUAGGCUGUUGGUAAAAUAAAAACACUUUAAAAAUAUGGUUGAAAUGCAAAAAACAUUUAAAAGUCUACAAAAAUAUCAAAAUGAUAAGCAAUGCCCUGUAAAAUCUACGUAAAAAGGUUUUAAAGGGCUUUUUAUAUUAUUUAUUUUAAAUUUGAUUAAUAUUAUAAAUUUAUUUUAAGUUUAAUUAACUAUAAACCAGAACUUGUACUAAAAAUUAAGUGUAAAAAUAUGUACAUGUGUAUAUUGUAAUUUUAUGUUUUUUUUAAGUAGCUAAAAUAUUAAUGAAAUUUGUGAAUGAAAUAAAUGUAAAUAAAUACCUGAGAAAAAUUAAUUCAAAAACUCAUAAAUUUCUAGUUGCCAUCUCCAAGAACAUCAGAAUUGCAUAUCAUCAUUCUAUAAUCAAAGAUUUUUUGAUAUUCAUAAAAUUGAAAGAAAAGCCUUUGCAAAAAGGAAAUACUUUAAUUCUGAACCCCAUUAAACAUCAACAUCUGUUUUUGAAGCAGAUAUAAAAUAACAAUUUCUCUCUCUGUGAUGUAAAUUUCUUCUAUUCUAAAUUUCACUUACACUCCAGUUAAAAUGCUUAAAGUUUGAGUAAAAGUAUGAAACUCCACAUUUAUUUUUAACAAGUUAAAUGCUUUUCGGGGGGGGGGGGAGUCUUUUAAAAUGCUAGAAAAAAAUAUAUGGUACAAAAAGACCUGAAAAAGUUCAAAAGCAAUGAAAAUCAUUUAAAAAAUGCAAAACAAUGCACUUAUCAUCAUUAUCCUAGUUCUGAUUAUGAGGUGCAAAGACAAUUUUCAUCAGAUAAUUGGUCACUUGGUGGCCAAUUAUUAUGAGUUCAGUCAGCCAGCGCAGGUGGGCAGUCAAAACUCGACAUUUUUAUGUGUAAAAAAUUAUUCAAGGCAUAUACAAAAUCAGUAACAAUUCAAGAAUAUGGCGUUGUGAGGCAAAAUGUCAAACCUUGAAGUAGGCAGUAGUAUUUUAUACAAACAAUUUAGAAAUACCCUGUAGUUUUCAAAAUCGUUUUUUCUACAUCCUAUUGAAUAGCAAUGCAUGAAUGUAUUUAUAGAAAAUAAAGUAAAAUAUUUAUGGGUAAACAAACAACAUUGGGAGAAUAUCAGUGAUGUCAAUAAUGCUUAUCCCCAAAGAAAGCAAAAUAAAGUUGUUGAAAGGCUAAAAAUAUAUUAACAUUAUUACUGAUAUAACAAUUAAUCACUCAUUGGUCUAAAAACAGUGACAUCCGUAUUUAUGAUCACUACUAUGAAGAUGGAAAGAAAAGAACAUGAACAGGCAAUUUUUGCAUGUAUUCAUAGUGUAAAUUGACUUUAUACUUGCCGGACUUGAUGUCCUCUGAGCAUUGGUGCCCAUAUGCAAAAUUUUAAAGGAGGGCUCAGAUAUUUUCCCCAUGGUUUAGCAGGGUAUUUUCUCCAUGGAAACCAAUUUCAGUACAUAUUAGAGUUAUUAAAAUUUGACAUUUUUAAUAACUUAUUCAUUAAUGGCUAAAGAAAUGUUUUCACAUUUUUGCAAAGAAAACAGAAUUAAAAGCAAGGAAGUUCUCAUUUCUAGAGGGGGGGGGCUUGCCCCCCUCUAGAAAUAGGGAGGGCAAGUGGAGCACUUGCCCCCCCCCCCCUAUAUGGGUGCCCUUGCCUUUGAGCAAUGAUGAGCAUUUAGAAAGUGGAUACUGAUUAAGCUAAAAGUUUUGACCGUAAUUUUAUUGUUAACCUUCCAGUGGGCACGCCCUUUACACCAACACGAAAGGUCGAGCGAAUUCCUUGGAUAAGCUAUUGUAAAAUAUAUAUUUUCAAGAUAUUAAAUAUUAAAAUUGUGCUGUAAUUAGUUAAGAGUUAAUAAGUAUAAUUUAUUUUAAAAUAUUUCCAUUUUGAAAAGCAGAAGCAAUCGGUCAUAAACACAAAACUCAACAAAAAGUGCCAAAGUAUUUGCAAGUGACAAACUAAUUACAGUAAUGAGUAUUUAAGCUGAAAUAGGGCUGCCAACUACUCCGCAUUUUGUGGAGUUGCUCUGCAAAAAUGACAAAACUCCGACUCCGCAAAAAAGUUAUUUUGCUCUGUAUUUCCCGGCCGAAAGUUUUCAUGCUUAUAUGUUGCUAUUAUGUCAAACAUGUAAGUAUGCAACAUUAAAGAUGCUUAUACUCAAAGAUUGAAGUAGUGUUUAAAGUUGUUUUAUUAAUUUAAAAUUUAUUACUUUUACACUAGUGCUUUAAAUGGUUAUAAACGCUCUAAAACAAUUUCAGAUAAGUGGUUUUAGUUGUUUUUAUUGAUUUUUACACAAAAUACAGAACUGCUCCGCAAAUUUUCAAAUUGCUCCUCAAAAUCACCACAGAUGCUCCUCAAAUUGUUUUUCCAAGGUUGGCAACCCUAGUUAAAACCAAGUCUUAUGCUUUACUUUAUGUGUCAUGUAUAAAAGAAUUUAAUAAUGUAAACUUGAUGUACUUAAAUAUGGUUUCAGUGAAUUAGACUGAAAAUGAAUUUUGUCUUCAAAACAUUAUUUGGUAUAAAAUUUGUUAUAAAAACAAACUGUAAGAUAUAAAAUAAAGUAUUUAUAUGAAGAUUUAA